UCUCAGUCCUGAAAUGUAAUCGCGUCCAAAACUGGGCCGACGGAGGUUUUUGUAGUUGUUGUUGUUGUUUUUGUUCAAUUCCCACCUACUACGAGGAGUACAAAUACAAACUAUCAUUUGUUGAUUACCCGUGCGUCAUCGGCUCGACCGGCGGGCAGCGGCGGAGACCACUGCGUCUCCGUCGUGCGUCAGAGCAACACCGGACUAAAAAAAAAACCCCCCCCCCCAAAAAAAACGGGUCGAUAAGUGCACUCGCCGAGCCGGCGAUUAGCGCAUUAAUUGGGCUCCCGCGGCCAAUCAAUCGGUCGCGACCCGCGCGUGACCCACCGCCGGAGUGACGCGUCUCGCGGAUGAGAGUGUGAGGCGGCGGCGGCGUUCAGCGGGGAGGAGAGGAGAUGCGCAUCUCUGCAGGUUCUCUAGCGCGGUCGUAAAACGAGAUCCGGAGCCAUGCCCGGAGUGACCAAGUACAAUUUAGUGGAUGACGCGCUCGAUCUGAGGGUCCCCAUGCACAACGAGGAGGUGUUUCAUCAUGGGGUCUGCUUCGAGGCAAAGUACAUCGGCAGCUUGGAGGUGGGUCGCCCCGGCAGCCGGAUGGAGAUCGUCGCCGCGAUGAGGCGAAUCAGAUACGAAUUCAAGCUGAAGAACAUAAAGAAAAAGAAGGUCAACAUACUCGUGUCCACCGACUGUGUCAAAGUGAUCCUACGCAAAAAGAAGAAGAGAAAGGGCUGGUCAUGGGAUGAAAGCUCCAUGUUGGUGACACAAGACCCCAUUUACAGGAUCUUCUACGUCUCGCACGACGCUCAAGACUUGAAGAUAUUCAGUUACAUCGCCAGAGACGGGCAGAGCAACGUUUUCCGCUGCAAUGUGUUCAAGUCUAAGAGGAAGUCUCAGGCCAUGAGGAUCGUGCGGACCGUGGGUCAGGCAUUCGAUGUGUGUCACCAGCUGACCCUGCAGCAGAAAAGCGAGGAUCAGGAGGAUGAAGAGGGGAGGGUGGAGGAGCUGGAGGCAGCACCAGCGAAGAAGAGGCUGGCGCUGUCAGAGGAGACGGACCUCGAAGGCACCACGGAGGAGAGCAUCGAGUGCGUCUCCUCGUCAGACCUGGAGAAGAACAAAAAGGGCGAGGCCCUGGGAGCCAAUGCCAAGGUGUGUGAGGACUGUCCUCUCCUGCUGAGCUCCCCCGUCAUCGAGGCCUCCUCCCUGACCCAGCCUGCGACCGAGGCCUCCUGCUCCGCAGAGCACCAGGUCCAGCUGCUCCAGAAGCAGCUCCAGCAGCAAGAGCAGCAGUCGCUGGCAGCCUCCGCUCAGGUCCACGUUCUGCAGGAGCAGCUGUCGGUGGAGAUGUGCGCGCGCACUGAGGCCCAGGCCCGAGUCCAGAGGCUGCUGCAGCAGAACACCGACCUGCUGCAGCACAUCUCCCUGCUGGUCAAGCAGAUCCAGGAGCUGGAGCUCAAAUCGGCUGGACACUUAACGUCUAUGGGUUCCCAGGACAGUCUUCUGGAGAUCACGUUCCGCGCCAAGCCCCCUGGUGCUCCUGGUGCAUCCAUGACCCGUUCCUCAUCCGCGGGCCCAUUAGCAGCUCCUUCCCAGCUCCAGAUCGCUGAUGCCGCCUGGUUCUCGGCCCUGUCCAGGCCCUGCUCCCCGUGCGCCGCCGGCGCCGACUCCGACUCCGUCCCCCUGGGGCCGAGCGGCAGCGGCGUCCGACUCGAGUGCUUCCGCUUCUCCUCCCUGGUGUCGGACGGCCUGGCCGGGGGCCGGGACGCUGGAGAGACGCCCAGCGACGAGAGCUCGCUGCUGGGGGAGCAGGUGCUGGGGGCCCUGGAGCUGCUGCGCUUCAGAGAGUCCGGCAUCGGGUCGGAGUAUGAGUCGAACACGGACGAAAGCGACGACCGCGACAGCUGGGGGCAGGGAGAGGGUGCCGGGGCGGACGGUGCCGCACGGCUCCUCAGCGUGCUGAAUUCAGAGAGUCUGCCGGACUGUCUGGGGGACGAGAUGGCUGUUUAGCGACGUCUGGGCGAGGCGAGAGAAACUUAUGCACCGCUUCGAAGAAACUGGUGCAGAAACUUACUGGUGCAUCCCACAAAACUUAUGAGUUGUGAAAAAUAAAAACAGAACUCAUCUGUGGAGCUAAAUUGGGGCCAUAACAUUUCUUCAAAAGAAAAAACAAUUAAAUUGGAGAAAGGAUUCUAAACUGCAAAAUUAUCUUGAAACUGAAAGAAUUCAACCUGAAUCAAACCUGAAAAUAUGUUCAAAACCGCUUCAGUUUCAAAUCUUUUUUUUUAAGUUUAUUCUUUUUUUUUUCUUUUGAAAAAUUUUGCUCCAUCCUCAUCUGCACUGUCUGUCAUCUGCAGCUGUAAUGUAACUACUCACGCGCCUUUAUUUUUCAGACUGUCUUAUUUCUGUAUUGUACUUUCUUUGAUCAAGUUUACUCUCUUGAAGGUAACCCCCCUCCCUCCCCCCCCCCCAAAAAAAAAGCAGUAUUUCUAUGCUACUGAAAACAUUGACUGAAUUGCUAAAGUUAUCAAAGUCUUUUCUUCUGCUGCUCUUCCAGGUCACUAACAUUCCUUCAAUAGCUUCUCAGCAGCUGUUGGGUUUUUUAGGGCUUGAAGAAAUAAUCGGCCUCUGCUGCAUCUCCUGUUCAUCCUCUUGUGAAGUUAAUUAUAGAAAAUGGUUAUCUAGUGUGUUUUUUCAACAACUUUGGAAAUAACAUAUUUUACACAAAGCAUCUCAGUUUCUACGGAGGGCCAAAAGGGACAAAACUAAAGGAUCAGAUACGACGCAGAUUAUCAGUUCAAUUCAAUUUUACAAAUAGCAGACAACGUAGAAGCAAGAGGCUCUCAUUUGGACCACAAGGUCGAACAACUGAUCAAAUGUCACAAUUUUUAAAGAAUGAGGCUAAAGUUGUGGAGUUUGACAAACAGUUUUAGCCCCGCCUCUUUACUUUGAUGAACACGGUUGACAGAGGAAACUAUUUCAGGAGCAGAAACUAUGAAUUAAUUAAACAUAGAUUUAAAGAAAUGUUUACGAGGUUUGAAUUUUAGUGAUUUAAAUUCAAAUCAAUUAAUGAUUGAUACUCAAUAUUAAAUAAACGAUUUAGUGAUAUAUUUGUUUAGUUUUGUCCUAUUUGGCCUUCCAUAAGUUUUGACCAGUACGAGACAAUGUUUUUUCUGAAACUCAUGUAAAAAAAAAAAAACAAGCUUCUGAAAUUUAUUUUGAAAAGCUCCAAAAUGUGUUUUUAUUUUUUUGUUGCUCUUAAUCUUUAUUAGGUUUAACAUCAGGUUCAGCUAGCAUGACCUCAUCCACCUUCUGCAUAUGAAAAGCACAGAGGAUCACAACCCAGCUCUAUAGACAAAUUAUAACUCUUAGGAAUGGAAUGUGAAUCUAAAUUCAAAGCUGCUGUCACACUGUUAGCUAGCUAACUGGCCGUUUGUGUGUGUGUAUUGAAAGAACAUUUGUUUCUAAGGUCCAGACAUGAGGAAACAAUGGAGAAUUUAUGAAACAUACAUAAUUCAGGAGAAUGAAUUGUCUCUCUUUUUUAUCUUGAUGGGCUUGUGUUGUAAAUAGUACAUGUGCACCGAUCAAAAGUGUGGAAUUCACUGUUCCCGUUCAUCUUGCUGUGAUGCCAAACUUUGGUGAGUUAUUUUUUUAAUUUUGGGGGUUUUUUUUCUUGUCAUACUGAAGGAUCAACUAGCCAACUGGGAGUCAGUUGUCAAUGCCCAACGAGUUCUCCCAGUUUAUCAGACAAAUGUCAGCCAGUCGGAAAGUAGUUAAAGUCAUUACACUUUCAGUAUCGAGCUUCAGCCAUGCUAAGGUGAGUGAGUCUUCAUCACCACAGAUAGCACAGUGUAGCAUGAGAUGAAGUCAAAAUUGACCAUCAACAGCUUUUCUAUCAGGUAUGUAGCAAGUUUGUGACAUCAAGAACCACUAUUAUAAAAAGUUUGGAUAUAUGUGUUAGCUUCACAUAUUCAGGAAAAAUAAUUAUAUAUGUCUUUAUCUAUGUCUUUAUCUAUGUCUUUUAGUAAUAGUAAGAGAUCUAUUAAAUAAUUCAAACGUAGGGCAGACUUAGCUUUUUUUAAACAGUAUUAUGUUAGACUUAACAGAUAAUUUAAUAUAAAAAAUAAGUCAAAACAUGACAUAUAAUUUCAUUAAAAGUUCUAUGAUUGUUCCUGUUGCUCAUCAGAUUAAAUUACCAAGAUGAACAAUUUAAAUCCUAAAUUUAAACAUAAAGGCAUGACAUCAUGUGAUAAAAAAAACCAAACUCAUAAUACCAAAUUCAUAAAACAUAUUUCCAAAAGAUCUAAAAGUUGUCAUGACCGCACAGUUUGUUUUUUUGUUUGUGUUUGCUAUAUUCAUAUUUCAUUAUAUGGAACAAUAAUUUUUUGGGGAGUAAAUUUUGCUGCGCAGACUUUAACUUUAAGCCGUAAUUAUACAUGGCAUAAAGCUGAGCAUACAUCUAAACAGUAUUACCUGUUUAGAUGUCUUUUCACUUGUACAAUGCAUAAAAUAAUCAGCUUAAGUUUCUUCAUUCUGUUUUUUUUUUAACAUGUCUGUGCAACAUUAUCAGACAUGAGGACAUGUUUUUGUAAGUCUGGUUAUGUUGUCCUGUCAUGGACAACAGUGAGAAGAAUUGGGUAAAAGUUUUAUUUAGCUAACAUUAACUUUAUCAAAUCAGAAGAUUUUUUGGCAGUCAACUUAAUAAUGCUAAUGCUGCUGUGCUAACAGAACUGAUAGCUUUUGUUCAGUUGCAUCAGCAUUGUUUCGAUUGGAUAUGUCUGCACUGAAGCGGUAUUUUUUUAAAAACACAUUAGAUUUAUGAAACCGUUAAUUUAUUUUAUUUUUUAGGCCUACCUUGGAUUGAGACAAGAAUCUAAACAGUAAUAUAUGAAGCCCCAUCAAACCCAGGCUGACUAUUUCUGCAUUUCAGAAAUGUUUAAACUUUGUUCUCAUAGGCUCAUUGUAAUUUAGAGAGUAUUGUUCAGCGAUGUGUAUCACUCAUUUUUAUUAGCCCUGUUGCUGAAACACUAACUGUGUUUCCAUUGACCGUAUAAUUGCACAAUUUGACAUUUCAAAAGUAAAUUUACCUCAUGGAGCCAUGUCAAUUUUAAAACAUCUCUAGUUUUCUGAUUAAAAUGUUUUAUCUCAAGGGUGAGGUGUUUUUUUUUUUUUUUU